ACCUCAAAUCAAUUUGCAAUUUCAGUCGAUCUCCGCGUUGCAGCGUUGCAUGAACUCAAUUUAGCCGCGUGCGAAACAGAAAGUUUACACAAGUUCAACCGAAAAGCCUUACGGAAAUACACUUACUUAGGAAACGGGCAACAAACAAGCAACAACCAACAAGCAGAAACAACGGCAACAACUUGAACUCGAAAAUAACCCAAAACGCAGUCGAAAUUGUUAAUUGAACUUUUAUUUAUUAACUUUUGGCAAAUCGGUGUCAAGCGCGGCCUAGAAAAAGAAAUAAAACGCAAGCACAGGCGACAAAACGCCCCAAACAAAUUCCAGGCACGUUGCAGACGUUAUUACGCAAACGGCGCUAUAAAACACACUCCAGCAACUGCUGCUGCAACUACAACUACAACUAAAGCAACUAGCAACUAGCAACAUUGCCAACAGCAACAGCUGACGUUCGAUGAGCGUUUCAGUUUGGAUUACAUGCUGACCAGAUGCACAUCUUGGCUAAUCGGGUCUAUCCUAUGUAAGGUGCAGCUCCCGCAGCGAGCUUUUCCCCACUGAACUUGAAAGUGAAAGUGAACGCGAGAGAGAGAAAGAUAGAUAGAGAGAAAGAGAGCGGCGAAAUUGGGAAGAAAUUGCGCUUGGCUUGGUCAGAAACAAAAGAGAGCAGAGCCAAAAAAAGGGGAAAGACAACAUUUCGCUUUUGCUGGAGUGGCCAAAAACAUCUCAGAGCAUCAGCCAAGGUCGUUCGUUGGAGCCAUGAGCAGUCCCAUGGAUCAGGCGGAGCAGGUGUACGAGGUGAAGGCGCCACAUGCCGGCGCAGAGGGUCACACAUUCCUCGUGAGUCCCGUGGAUCCCACUCCGAUCCUAGCACCCAUUCUCACCGCUGUGCCGGUGAUGAAAGCGCCGGAAUCACCAGCUCCCAUGGAGAAGGCCAACGAGGUGGAGGAGCUGGAUGAUGAGCAGCCCAGCUGCAGUUCCCAGGCGGUGGUGCCACUGUCCUCAUCGCUGCCCUGCAAGCUGCUCCGCAUGCAUGCCAGGCGCUCUGCCCAGGCACUGCUCCACCAGAUGGAAUCGAUGGACUCUCAGCUGGGCAGCAGCAAUGGCAGCACCUCGGAGGAUACUUCACCCUCGGCUCCACCCAUGUCGCCCACCGAUCAGCAACUGGUGGACGUGGGCAUGGGCUCCUCCAUUGGGGACUCGGAUGAAUCUUCGGAGGAGGGCGAUGAGUUGAAGCCACUGGCCGUGGACAAUCACAUCAUAAACGAGGUGGACUUAACCGAGCGCCAGUCUACGCCACCGGCCGUCUUGAGUGAGGCAAAUUUGGAGAAGUUCCGCAAGCACCAGAUGGAUAACAUCUAUUUGCAUCCCAACUUCACCCUGGAUGCAUCUCCGCCUCCCGCGGUCGCACCGGCCAACUCACCCGUGCUGGAAGCCAAGAGAACUCAUCGCUCGUUCCUCACCAUGAAGAAGGAGAAGGAGGUGGAGCAGCCACAGGAGAAGGAGCAGGAAGUGCAGAUUCACCAGGAGGCGGAUACCGAACACCAAGGACCCAAUGAGAUAGAUACUCUUGAUCCCUCACUCAUUCCCAGCGAGGAGCUGGCUGCCGAAAUCACCGAAGCCGUGGAGUUCUACUUCUCCAACGAGAGCAUCCUGAAGGAUGCAUUCCUGCUGAAGCAUGUGCGGCGCAACAAGGAGGGUUUCGUGAGCCUCAAAUUGGUGUCCAGCUUCAAGAGGGUGCGCCAGUUGACGAGGGAGUGGAAGGUGGUUGGAGAUGCAGUGCGUCGCAAGUCGCGCAAGAUCGAGCUGAAUGAUGUGGGCACCAAGGUGCGCAGAAUCGAGCCGCUGCCCAGCUUCGAUGAAACCAUGCCCUCUCGCACGAUCGUCGCUUGUGAUCUGCCACUGGACAAGUUAACCAUCGAAAAGGUAUCGGAUCUGUUCUCACCCUGCGGCGAGAUUGCCCUCAUACGCAUCCUCAAGCCGGGCAUGGCCAUUCCCGUGGAUGUGCGCCAGUUCAUGAACAAGUAUCCGGAACUGCAGCAAAAGGAGUGCGCUCUCGUCGAGUACCUGGAGUCCUCCUCCGCCAGGGAUGCCCGUCAUCUGACUGGUCCCUUCCAGGUCUACGAGAUGGUGGCGCCCAAGAAGAAGACCGGCAAGAAGGCAGCCGUCAUCCAGAUCGCCGCUCCGGUGGCCCGGAUGGUGGAGAACUAUCGCUACUACAACGACGCCAACUACGAGAGGAGUCGCGGUGGCAGCUUCUCCGGCCACGAAACAGUUCCCGAUCUGCGCUUCAAACUCAAGCGCAACAACUCGGACUUCCAGCCCAGCUACUACCAACAGGGGCCCAGCUACCAUGCCAAUCCGUAUCAGCAUUAUCAGCCCCGUGGGAGCAUCGGCAGCCAGAACCAGGAGGUGGGUCCCACCGGUUUUUUCGGCUAUGGUCCCAGGCGAUACAGCAACACAUCGACGAUUUCGGCCAACACAGCGGCCGCCUUGGGCGAUGUUUCGCCUAUAUCUUCUGCUGCCAAUGCAGGCGCUAAUCCGAUGGUGUCUGGUAUGAGCAAUCUGCAGCGCCGCCUGUCCAACUGCUCCGAGCAGAACUUCACACCAGAAGCCAAUCCUUCGAUGUCGCGAAGGGCCAGCAAUUGCUCGGAAACGGGCGGAGUUCCCCAGCGACGUGACUCGAACUGCUCGGAGAGCUGUCCCUGCUCCAGAAGGGUCUCGGACUUUGGUCAGACCACGGAGACCAGUUACCGAAAGACCUCGGUGUGCUCCAAUGGCAGUUGCCCGGGCAACAAUCAGAACCAGGAGCGUCGCUUCUCGAACGGAUCCAUGCAGUUCGAGCGAACCUUCUCGAAUGCCAGCGAGAGCAGUGGCUUCUAUCGUCGUCCUUCGAACGAUUUCAACAUCGAGCGUGAGUCCAUUCAAACCGAUCAGCUGGUGGGUGGAGGAGGCGGUGGCUACCAGGUGUGGCCACGUCGUUAUUCCAACAACUUCCAGCAGCUGAGCAGCAAGCUGGCGGCAUAUGACAAUGCCCAGUAUAUUGGUGGCAGACGCAUAUCCACGGACUCGGGAUACGAUCGUCGCUGCUCCUUCGGAUCGGAAGGCUUCGAUGGAUCGCCACGAUCUCGCACCGGCAGUUUCCUUAGCAACUACAAGCACGGCGGAGGCGAUGGCUACGAUGGCCAACCGAGAUCCCGUACCGGCAGCUUCCUGGACGGAUCGCCACGGUCGCGUUCCGGAUCGUUUGCCCAGCGCGCUGCCGAGAGCCUGGUACGCACUCCCAUGGGUCCAGAUGGUAGCAAGGGAUUCGGCCAGAGGGCCAGGAAAUUCGGACAGGCCAUAUCGCCCGUGAACUAAACUGGGCGCAUAUUGUUGAUUAAUUUUAGUGGGAGUAUAGAAAGAACUCUGUUAUAGAACUCCGUUUUAGAACGGCUAAUCGUAUGUGAAAUUAAUGGCUGUACACUGUGAUGCUGUUCAACUUGUUAAAAGUCCCACAUAUACACCAUUAUACACCCCCCCAACACCCCCGAGCACCGUAGCCCAACUUAGGUUAGGAACAGAUACCUAUAGUUAACGAAUUUUUAUCACCGAACUUUCCGAGGGGUUUCGUUGGAUCACGUGGAACUCUGCCAGCCCUUGAUAUUAUUUUUUUACACCUUUCUUAUAUGAAACAUAACAUAACAAUCACUGCCAAUAGCUUAAGAAAUGCAACACAGAGAUAUAAUUGGUUUGGUAGACACUUAGGAUUAUACGUAACAUAAUCAAUAUAUAUGAUUGACCAUUAACCAGUUGGUAGAUUGUAGGUUAUAAACAUCAUUGUUGUGUUUGAAAAACUAUAGAAAUAGAAUACGGCCCCAACUAUAUUCGCAAAGUCUCACCGGACUUCUAUACGAGUAUAUGCCUAGAAAUAUCCUCACGAGUUCACAAAAUAUUCCUGGCGACUUGUAUGCAGAUUUAGUAUUCUUUUAUUGCCUAUAAACAUUUUUAUUUAGCUUGCAAUUAGGUUAGAUAUAGGAUUGUCACACACCCAUAACUCAAACGGCUGCCAUAAAAAUCAGUUAUAGAAUUGCGGCCAUACUAAACCAGAUGUGAGUAUUACGGAUGUAAUUCAGAUUGGAAUGAAGAAAAAUUUAAUUAGAUUCUCAGGUCAUUAGGUUUAACAUUCGAGGGGCAGGCAAAGGUGAUUUCCACAUUUUCCACCCAACCCACUCGCAAUUUUCGCACCUUUUUAUUUUAUUUGUUUUUAUUUCCACACUUUUAUUAGUAAUAAUUAAUAAUUGCAUAUUUAGAUGUAGGAAACUUGGUUGUCCUCCGGCGAAUGAAAAAAAAAACGGAGGAAACAGCAAAACGGAUUAUUACAGGAGAGAAUAAAAAUAUUUUUCAUUUUUAGCUUUUAAUUUCGAUUUCUUACAGACGCAUUGGUCUGUAGAUGCAAUAAAUUAUAUUAUGCGUGUUAACCAUAAAUAAACUUAUUACAAACAAUAAA